CUUUGGAAGGCACAAGCUGCUGGAUGCCACCCGACGAUUACAGGAACGGGUUUGCUCAACUCAUCACAAACUGCUGGAGGUUUACUGCAGAACCGACAAACUGUGUGUGUGUGUGCGAGUUGUGCACUGUAUGAUCACAAAGGCCAUGUCACCGUCGCUGCAUCAGCUGGAAGAAUGGAGAAGCAGAAAGAGACCGAGGCCACAGGAGGAUCAUGUAGACAGAAAGUCAAGGAAAAGGAAGAGGAGGUGGAGCACCUGAGGGGAGCUUUGAUGUCGUUUAAGCGCUCUGCAAGGGAAGCUGUUCUGGACAGCACCAGGACGCUCUCAGAGCUGAAAGUAUAUCUGGAGCGGAGGGGCAACCAAGUGAAGGAGCUGAUCAGGGCUCAGGAAAAGGUGGAGGUGAACUGGGCGGAGGCCCAACUGCAGCGUCUGGAGCGGGAGAUUAUUGCGCUGAAGAAGAGAGACUCUGAGCUGAAGAAACUCACACUGACCCAAGAUGACGCAUACUUCCUUCAGCAUUACCAAGACCCCAGGAGCUCUCCUGUAUCUGAAGACCUGCCGAGUGUCAACAUUGACCCGCUGUGUGAUUUUGGGACAGUAAAGAGAGCUUAUACUCAUUUCAAGGAGCAGUUGGAAUGCUUCUGUGAUGGAGAAAUGAAGAGGAUAUUGAACACAGUAAAAGCCAUCCAUAUGCUUCAGUCACCAAAGCCCAACCAAUUUUCAGCUCCAAAGACAAUUGGUCAAGCCAAUGGGAGCCCCCCAGCCUUCAAGCCCGCCCUGGUAAUGGGGGAACCUGCAGUAACCUGCGACUCUCCCCUUUCCCUCUGUACAAAGUCCUCUAUCUUGAAGUGCUCUUCUAUGAGCAAACCUCCAACUGGCUCAGCGAUACUAUUCACCGAAAAAGGGCCAUCAAAUGACACUAAGCCUGCUGCUAGAGUAGAGACCAUCCUCACCAAACCUUUGUCCACCACUGACAACCUUCUCUUGACCAAAUCAGCAUCUAAUAUGAACAUCAAUCCCCUGCUUAUUAAAUCCUCAUCCAACACUGAAGAGUUCACCAAACCUGCAUCUGGAGCUGGUAUAGCAGUCCUUAACAGCACACCUGCUCCUACAACAAGUAGCAGCAUUUUCAAUUGUCCUGUUGGUGUUUUUGGUAAGCCUGCAGUUGACGUAGAUGAUUUUUGUAAGGCAGCAUUAAACACCGACAGCGGUCCUUUUACCAAACUUGUAUCUGACAACAAUAGUAGGGAAAAGCCUAGCACAGGUUUCUCCUUUGACGAGCCAAAAUGUAACGCAGGCUCAUCCCUCUUUGACAAGCCGAAAUGUAACGCAGGCUCAUCCCUCCAUGGCAAGCUUGAAUCUAACACAGGUUCACCCCUCUUUGGCAAGCCUGAAGCUAACACAGAAUUCUCAUUUGGCAAAGCCUGCAUCUAACACAG